ACGAGGUCCCAGCUAUGUUGCCCAGGCUGGUUUCCAACUCCUGAGUUCAAUUAAUCCUCCUGCCUUUGCCUCGCAAAGCGGGAAAUUAGAAAAGUGAGCCAACACGCCCGGCCCACUAGUGUUAAAAAAUAAAAACAAAUGCAAUAAUCCGACAGAUAGAGCCAGGGAGGGCUAUGAAGAGACACUUCUCAGGCUUGUAUGCCUCAUAAGAAAACUAUCACAUAUGACUGCAAAACCCACCUUACACCAAAAAUACUUCUGCAAGGACAUCUGCCCAGCAACUGUUUGUCUAACCUCAGACUGGUGUCAUCCUUGUUACCGAUCUUUGUAGCCAAGGAUAAUUAUUUCAAAACAAUUACAUAAUCCUCCCCAUUCUUCCUUUAAAAACCUUUGUCUUCCUUUACCUUCCUGAAUAGAAACAUAGUUUACUCUGGCACGUCUAUUUUUAUUGCAAUUUCCUAUUCCCGAAUAAACUUUUUUUUUUUUCUUUUUGAGAUGGAUUCUUGCUCUGUCGCCCAGGCUGGAGUGCAAUGGCGUGAUCUCAGCUCACUGCAACCUUCACCUCCUGGGUUCAAGCGAUUCUCCUGUCUCAGCCUCCCAAGUAGCUGGGACUACAGGCGUCCACCACCACACCCAGCUACUCUUUAUAUUUUUAGCAGAGACGGGGAUUCACCAUGUUGGCCAGGCUGGCCUUGAACUCCUUGUUAAAUACAGUGAGUUCUAAAUUUCUCUUCAAAGAAUCAGUAUGUCAGUAUGUUCAGUUCUUUGUUCUCCACUUUAAAGUUUAACUUCUUCCGUUUUCCUCGUCUCCUUGCCUCUAGUUUCAGUAAACAACCUUUUCCACCAGUUCUAAUCAGUAGUUCACAUCUAUUCCCCUGGUGACCUGCUGCGUCCUGAGUCACCUGCUCUGAUCUGAGUCACCUUUAGCCACCUGUUCCGUAACCGUCCUUCCCACUGAAACUGCUCACCCUACCACUCCAGCUCAUACCCCUGCUCUCUUUAAAAUAGCCAAUCGGAAUUAACUUAGACUGUGAGGUCCAACCCUAGCCAGUAGGGGAACGACACAGCACUAGGGACUACCUGCGUCAGGGAUAAGAACCCCUUCCCCUCCCUUGUUCAGGUGUGCUCUCGCCAUUGCUCCAUCCGUGAGACGCACCCUUCUAUAGAAGUAAAUUGCUUUGCUGAGAAAAUUUGUGCUCGAGUGUGUAUUUUUUCUUCUUCUUCUGAGACUGAGUCUCACUCUGUCACCCAAGCUGAAGUGCAGUGGCGCGGUCUCGGCUCACUGCAAGCUCCGCCUCCCGGGUUCAAGCGAUUCUCCUGCCUCAGCCUCCCGAGCAGCUGGGACUACAGGUGCGUGCCACCACGCCCGGCAAUUUUUUUUUUUUUUUUUUUGUAUUUUUAGUAGACACAGGGUGUCACCGCGUAAGCCAGGAUAGUCUCGAUCUCCUGACGUCGUGAUCCGCCCUCCUCGGCCUCCCAAAGUGCUGGGACUACAGGCGUGAGACACCGCGCCCGGCCAACCUCAUUUUCUUUUCGGGAGUCCCCUCUGUUAUUUAGCGAGACACACUACUACAAUGGAGAAAAAAGAUACCCCCUCCUUCAAGCCGUGAGAACUUCAGGACUUUGGCGAAAAGUCUGCGCCUGAAGAGACCCAGGAAGGAUUCUUGGAAUCGUAGUCCAAAGGCAUCCCGUCUUCUGCGCAAACUCACAAGUCCCUGUGAACGGAAUCCUUGAAGUGUUGCGCCGCUCAGUCCUUCCACCGGAAGUGUCCGAUCGGAAUCAGCCCUGUCCGAGAGGUGAGUCCGGGUUUGGGGACCCAGAUGUCCAGCCCCAUGUCCCCCUCCAAACAUCCAGUCCCUCUCAUAUCGCCUUUGAAAUUAGCAGCCUCUGGGUGAGCAGACCUUGGCCCUCAGAGGAAUCCCGGAGAAAGGUGGAACCAGCUUCGGCGUUGGGAGGGCAGGCGCGCUUACGUAUUUAGUGAGGGUUUGGCGGUCUCCAUAGUUACCUCCGACUCGCGUGACGUCAUAGUGGAGCGCUGAGAGGGCGUGGUGGCGUGGGGUGGGGGCUGUCCUGCUGAUCCUGAAUUUGGGGUCACUGGUAAGAGGAGUUGCCCAUUCCAGCCAGGUGGAACGGGGAGUGCCAAAUGUCUCGGAUCUGCCAUUGUCUGCCAAAAGAAACUACUGCGAGGACCACCCCCAAUCCCCUACUUCCCUUGAGAAGAGUAACCGCCCUUUUGUAGGACACUUGGGGACAACCCCGGCUUGUCCUGAAAUUUAUUGACACGGUAAAUAGUAUUUCCUCUGUGCCGAGGAUGCAGUGAAGCCAACACUGACCCCCUGCCCUUGAGAAACACAAGAUGGCUACAGAAUCAAAGAAAGCUGCAGCCCAGAACUCUCCAGAGGAUGAAGGACUUCUGAUAGUGAAGAUAGAAGAGGAAGAAUUUAUCCAUAGGCAGGACGCUUGCUUACAGAGAAGUGAACUCCUUAAGCAGGAGCUCUGCAGGCAGAUUUUUAGGCAGUUCUGCUACCAGGAUUCUCCUGGACCUCGUGAGGCACUGAGCCGGCUCCGGGAGCUCUGCUGUCAGUGGCUGAAGCCAGAGAUCCAUACCAAGGAACAGAUUCUGGAACUGCUGGUGCUAGAGCAGUUCCUGACCAUCCUGCCGGGAGAUUUGCAGGCCUGGGUGCAUGAACAUUACCCAGAGAGUGGAGAGGAGGCAGUGACCAUACUGGAAGAUUUGGAGAGAGGCACUGAUAAAGCAGUACUCCAGAUUCAAGCCCAUGAACAUGGACAAGAAAUAUUCCAGAAAAAAGUGUCACCUCCUGGACCAGCACUUAGUGUCCAGUUACAACCAGUGGAAACCAAGGCCCAUUUUGAUUCAUCAGAACCCCAGCUCCUAUGGGACUGUGAUAAUGAAAGUGAAAACAGUAGAUCCAUGCCAAAGCUGGAAAUUUUUGAAAAAAUGGAAUCACAGAGAAUUAUAUCUGGAAGAAUCUCAGGAUACACAUCGGAAGCAUCUGGUGAAUCUCAAGACAUCUGUAAGUCUGCAGGCAGGGCAAAGAGGCAAUGGGCAAAAGAAUCAGGGGAGUCUCAGAGACUAUCAUCUGCCCACGAUGAAGGUUUUGGUAAAAUCCUCACCCACAAAAAUGCAGUCAGAGGUGAAAUAAUAAGCCAUGAUGGAUGUGAGAGGAGAUUAAAUCUGAACUCAAAUGAAUUCACACACCAGAAAUCUUGUAAACAUAGUACCUGUGACCAGAGCUUCAAAUGGAACUCAGAUUUUAUUAACCAUCAAAUAAUUUAUGCUGGAGAAAAAAAUCACCAAUAUGGAAAAUCUUUCAAGAGCCCAAAACUUGCUAAACAUGCAGCAGUUUUCAGUGGAGAUAAAACUCAUCAGUGUAAUGAAUGUGGAAAAGCUUUCAGGCACAGCUCAAAACUUGCUAGGCAUCAGAGAAUCCACACUGGAGAGAGACACUAUGAAUGUAAUGAAUGUGGGAAAAGCUUUGCAGAGAGCUCAGAUCUUACUAGACAUCGGCGAAUUCACACUGGGGAAAGACCCUUUGGUUGCAAAGAAUGUGGGAGAGCAUUCAACCUGAACUCACAUCUUAUCAGGCAUCAGAGAAUUCACACUAGAGAGAAACCCUACAAGUGUAGUGAAUGUGGGAAAACCUUCCGAGUGAGCUCACAUCUUAUUCGACACUUUAGAAUUCACACUGGAGAAAAACCCUAUGAAUGCAGUGAGUGUGGAAGAGCCUUCAGUCAGAGCUCAAACCUUAGUCAACACCAGAGAAUUCACAUGAGGGAAAACCUAUUAAUGUAAGGAACUUAAAUUUGUAUGUAAAUGCUGAGGAAAUGGCACAAUAUGAAAAAUAUUAAAUAAAAAAUAAAUAUUGGGCAAGA